CGAAAAUGUUAUUUCUGACAGAAUCGCCCGGCAUUAGAUAAAAAAUAAAUUCGGAAUUCAAUUUGAUACUUUAUAUGUUUGACGCGAAAAAAAAAACCGAAAUUUCUUCCCGAAGUUAUGGGUAACACGUUGAAAUAUGAGGCGAUGGAGCUGAGCUCGUUGGAGAAAAAAAUCAUCAUAGAAAGCUGGCUGGCACUCCGUCGAAAACUGAGUAAAUGCGGGCAAACAUUCAUUCUGAUCUUCCUAGAUGAGCACCCUGAAUACCUGGCUCUAUUCCCGAUUAAAUACCGCGGUAAUCCUGACCUAGCCGAAAUUCUAGGUCUGAAAGUAAUGCGCGAGUUGUCGCGCAUCAUCUCCAACCUGGACGGUCUUUCCGGAAUCGCUGGUUACUUACGAGGAGUCGCCGAAAAUCACCAGCGUCGUCACAUUAAUUCAAAGGCAUAUGAUGAUUUCCGUCUGUCUUAUCUGAAAAUGCUUCGUAAGCAUCUCGCUGGGUACAAACACAUGAGUCUGUAUCUCCAAUGCUGGGAUAAGCUUCUAAGACUGAUCAAUACUAUCGUGCUGGACAUCAUCACUGAUAUAGAAAAGAAAGCACCGGCAAGCCAAGUGAAACUGAACGACCAAUCUGGUCAGAUUCAAAUCACGCCCAAGUAUGAGCCAGUGGAACGCUCGUCGACAACAGUGAAAGAAAACAAUACUCCUCCGAUGCUUUAAAUUUACUUUAUCAUCAUUUCGGGAAGUGUAGAAAAUUGUUUAUUACAAAUUUUUAUGAUGUGGUCACAA